CUAUGAGCUGGUGUGAUGUCCCUCCUCUCACUCCAGUCAUCUUAGUGCUCAGUGUGUGUGUGUGUGAGAGUGUGUGUGUGAGUGUGUGUGUGUGUGUUACUCCGACAUUACACACACUUCAUCGAUCAGUACAGUGACACCCUAAAAAGAGCUGCACGUUGUGGAAUAUCAUGUCAGACACGGAGACAAAACCGUCCAGUGAUGGAGCAGAGAAGAAGGAUGGAGAGUACAUUAAACUCAAAGUGAUUGGCCAGGACAACAGUGAAAUUCACUUCAAGGUGAAAAUGACGACGCAUCUAAAGAAGCUUAAGGAGUCGUACAGUCAGAGACAGGGUGUCCCCAUGAACUCUCUACGGUUUCUCUUCGAAGGCCAGAGAAUCGCAGAUAACCAGACUCCCAAAGAGUUGGGGAUGGAGGACGAGGACGUGAUCGAGGUGUAUCAGGAACAGACCGGCGGCUACUGGAACGAAUAGACCUUCACUUCAUCUCCUUUUCUUUUUAACUCAUAAUUUUGUAUGUAUGAUGUUUAUUUCUUUCUAUUUCCUUUUGUGCUUCUCUCAGAGGGAAAUGGGAGAAAAAUUAGAGGAAGAAAACCAUCUGGAUCAAAGCAAUACUUUGGAUGCUUACAGUCUGAAGUAGUGUGUCCCACCAACCCUCAGAAAAUCCCCAUGAUGACUUUAUUCGCAUCAUUAAGGUUCCUUAUUUCCACAGGAGAGACACGUUGUCAAUGCCUACGUGAUUGUCCUUCCGGUAUCUAAUUAACAUUGGAGGAUAAAACGUACGCUGUCUUUUCCCUGUACGGCUUGAGGGAGCGACAUCUUGUCUUUGUAACUGUAUGUCUGAUGCAUGUUUUUUUUUUUUUUUUUCCUUCCCCCUUGUCUCCCUGAUCAGACAUCCGCUCCCCUGUUUAAAAAAAGUAACGCAAUAAGGCCCUGUUUUCUGAUGAUCUAAAAACCAAUCCACACUCAGGGGCGACUUUCUAAUCACGUAAAUUACACCGAUUUCACACGCACAUUAUGUCAAAGAUGUCGCUGCACUUCAUCCGUUUCUUAGGCUGUCAUUUUUAUUCAACUUGAGAGGACUUGGUCCAGAUGGUUUGUGGACAAAAAUAUUAUUUUGCUCUGUCUCCUGUUUUUUUUUUUGUUUGUUUGUUUUUUUUUUAAAUAAAAUGUCACAAAAAUCA